AUGCUCAUAAGUGGGAAAAACAAAAGGUUUUUAUGUGUACACCUACUUAAAAGAGAAGAAUCCAAGAAAUCAGUGCAAGGGAUUAUAGGCAAAGCAGCUGCAGCUGUUGAACGACUGUCUUUGCGAGACAAUCUGAAAAAGAGGGUAGUUAUAGAUUUGAGGGGAGGGAAGAAAAUACGCUUUCCUGCAAUUGGAAAGGGCAGCUGCUCCACGGCGUCCAGCGGCGACAGCGGGGGCGGCGGCGAAGACGGGGGCGGCGGCGGCGGAGACGGCGCGGGGGCGGCGCCCAGCGAAGCGGACGCCACCUCGCCGCUCCGCGCGUCCAGCACGGAGGACGGCGCUGGGUCUGGGGCGGCGGGCGGCGGCAGCGGCGACGGCGGCGCGUCGCCCAGCGUGCCCGAGCAGGUGCCCAAGUUCAAGGUGGCCAUGCUGGGCGCGUCCGGCGUGGGCAAGACGGCGCUCGCCUGCCAGUUCACCACCUCCGAGUACAUCUGCGCCUACGACACCUCCCUCGACGAGGAGGGCGGGCAGAAGACCGUGUCCGUGUUGCUGGACGGGCGGGAGGCGGAACUGGAGAUCAUCGACUACGCGGCCGGGGAGAUGCCGCGGCGGUCGCUGCGCGUCGCCGAGGACAUCGUGCGCUUCCUGUGGAAGGCGCACUACGCGGGCGCGCGCGGCGUCAUCCUCGUGGGCAACAAGGCGGACCUGGAGCGGCGCCGCGAGGUCUCCACCGCCAUUUUUAACGACCGCGACUUGCGCUUUGAGGCCCAGCAGCUGGCGCCAGGAAGCCCCUCCGGCGGGGCGCGGGCGGCCCGCGCGCACACGCGAUCCCCUGGCCGCGCACGCCCGCCUCCCGCCGCCGCCGCCGCCCCCGCACCGCCUCACGCCAAGUGGUAUAGAACCCGUACCCAGUCGGCCGUGCCGCCGCCGCCGCCCCCCGCGUCGCCCGCCCGCGCCCGCCGGCCCGCCGCCGACGCCCAGCCAGCAGCCGCCACGCCCGACGAGGGUUCCAGCCUGGCACCUGCGCCAGCACGCCCACCAGCAGCUCGUCCACGUUGUGCCCAGUCCAGAGCUCGUCUCGAUGAAACUUGCAACCGCUGUUGUUGCUAG